AAGAAUCAAAGUGCAAGCAGGCUGACAUCAGAAGCAGAGCAUCCAGAUCUUGCAGCUCACAGAAGCUUCCCCUCUGAGUCUAUUCUCUUUCUCUUUUCUCUCUGCAGUAGAAACAAAAGAGAAGCAAUCUGGUAGCACAAUUCUAGCAAGUCUAGGCAUGGUGACACACAAAACAUAAAACAAGCCCAGAUUAACAAACCACACAAUGACCUCUUAUCAUCAUCAUAAGAGUCCUUAUUUUCAUAUUCUGUCAUUAGUUAUUAUAUUUGUGAGUGUCCAACCAACAAUUGGCACACUGCCCAAGCUUCAAGAUUUGGUUUUUGGAAGUAGCAACAAUCCUAGGAGAAUUCUCCACCAACCAUUGUUUCCAGUAAGUUCUAAUCCACCCCCACCAGAAGUAGAGCCGCCGCCGCCUCCCAGCACAGGCUUUCCCAAUCCAGACCAGCCAUUCUUCCCAGAAGUCCCUGCUGGAAGGACACCAGAUCAGGCACAAGUACCACCAGUGCCAUCCAAUGGGACCGCGGUGUCGAACCCAAUUGCCACACAGCCUUCCAAGCCUACCAAGAAAGUGGCAAUUGCGAUUUCAGUUGGAAUUGUUACUCUUGGAAUGUUGUCUGGAUUGGCAUUUUAUCUGUACAAGCACAGAUCAAAGCAUGUGGAUGAGUCUCAGAAGCUUGUUGGAGGGAAUUCACAAAGAGUGAAUGAGGAUUCAAGAAUGCCACCAUCCACUUUUCUUUAUAUUGGCACUGUUGAGCCGUCUAGCCAAAGAACUGUGAGCAGCAGUGAGACCAAUGGAUCACCUUAUCAUAAACUGAAUUCAAUAAAAAGAUCGGAUCGCUAUAGGCCAAGUCCUGAUCUUCAGCCACUUCCGCCACUUAGUAAACCUCAACCUCCACCAACGAUGAAUUCUCCUCCGGCCAUGUCAUCUUCUGAUGAAGAAAGUCAUGAGUCCACGUUUUAUACACCACAGGGAUCCUCGGUAAGCAAUGAAGAAGCAUUCUCAACUAGUUCUCGUCGAAGUCGUUCAAGCAGUAAGACAAGCCUCAUGGCUCGAUCAAGAAGUGAACCUCAUGUUACUAGCCCUGUUCCUCAUUCCAAGAGAACUUCACCAAAAUCACGCCUUUCUGCUUCAUCCCCGGACACAAAACUCGUGAUUAUACCAUCAAUUAAACAGCCUCCACCACCUCCUCCGCAACCCCCACCACCACCGCCCUCAGCAGCUACCUUUCAAUCAAUAAAGCAACAGAAUCAAGUUCAACAAACAUCUACAUAUGCUCCCAGAAGAGCAAAAUUUUCUGCUCCACCUCCAGCACCAGAUCUUUCUAGCCUUACUUCAGAAAGCAAACAACCUCAACAUACAGUAGAUACUCCAUCUAAGCGAAACCCACCACCUCCACCACCGCUUCCCCCACUAAUGGCAAGACCAAGGCAGUUGGUUCCUCUGCAAACACCUGCCCCCUCAAUGGCUUUGCCGCAGGUGACAAAAUCAAGUCCUGCCCCGAAACCUUACUCUGCAAUGGAGACAACAGAAUCAGUUGAAGAAGAAGAUAAUGGUACCAAUUCUGCAGAGAAAAUCGAUGGUGAUGACGAUGGAUCAAAACCAAAACUGAAGCCUCUGCAUUGGGACAAAGUGAGAGCAACCUCAGACAGAGCCACUGUUUGGGACCAAUUGAAAUCAAGCUCCUUUCAAGUGAAUGAGGACAUGAUAGAAUCUCUUUUUGGUUUUAACUCUGCAAAUUCAAGUUCAGUUCCAAAAGAAACACCUAAAAAAUCAGUAAUCCCCCCAAUCCAACAGGAGAACAGAGUUUUGGACCCAAAGAAAUCUCAGAACAUUGCUAUACUGUUAAGAGCAUUGAAUGUGACACGAGAUGAGGUUACUGAAGCACUUCUAGAUGGAAAUCCAGAGGGCUUAGGCCCUGAGCUUUUGGAAACUCUGGUGAAGAUGGCUCCAACGAAAGAAGAAGAAAUCAAACUUAGAGAUUAUAAAGGUGACUUGUCAAAACUAGGGUCUGCAGAGCGAUUUCUCACUGCGAUUCUUGAUGUACCAUUUGCCUUUAAAAGAGUGGAAGUAAUGCUUUAUAGAGCAAACUUCGAUACAGAAAUAAAGUACUUAAGGGAUUCCUUUAAAACUCUGCAGGCAGCAAGUGACGAGUUAAAGAACAGUCGGUUAUUCCUUAAACUGCUUGAAGCUGUUUUAAGGACAGGAAACCGCAUGAAUGUUGGCACUAACCGUGGGGAUGCUAUAGCUUUUAAACUUGAUACGCUGUUGAAAUUAUUAGACAUAAAAGGAACGGAUGGGAAAACCACAUUGCUCCACUUUGUGGUCCAAGAGAUCAUCAGGUCAGAAGACAAAGGUACUGAUUCAACAAAAGAGAUUGUUCCAAAUAAAGUGAACUCGGGACCAAAGGAACAGGAUUUUAAGAAGCAAGGACUACAUGUUGUUGCUGGGCUGGGCAGAGAGCUGGGCAAUGUAAAGAAAGCAGCAGGCAUGGAUGCAGAUGUGCUAAGCGGCUAUGUUUCAAAGCUUGAAAUGGGACUUGAUAAAGUUAGAAUGGUUUUGCAAUACGCAAAGCCAGAUAUGCAAGGAAACUUCUUUGAGUCGUUAAAGAUAUUUCUAAGAGAGGCGGAGGAGGAAAUCAUUAAAAUUAAGUCGGAAGAAAAAAAAGUUUUGUCACUGGUAAAAGAAGUCACCGCAUAUUUUCAUGGUGACACUGUGAAGGAGGAAGCCCAUCCGUUUAGAAUAUUUAUGAUUGUGAGAGAUUUCCUCUCCAUACUCGAUAAUGUUUGCAAGGAAGUGGGAAGAAUGCAGGAUCACACAGUGGUGGGUUCUGCAAGAUCAUUCAGAAUACCUGCAACAGCAUCAUUACCAGUACUAAACAGAUAUAAUAUUCGUCAUGAUAGAAGUUCGGAUGAAGAAAGCUCCUCACCUUGAAAACAUGUGCACAUGAUGCACUAGAGUCUCAUCACGGGACAACUGCAGGCCCAUUGCUCCCAUUAAACAUGUUUGUCGCGUAAACGAGUAACCUGGUUGUACAGAAGGAGCUUUGGCUGUCAAGAGGACUAUCCACAUGUAUACAGGUCCUCUACUGAAUUUUGGUCCUUCUUACAAGAACUGAAUGCAGAAAGAGGACUGAUAAUUACAGAUUUCAUUUCAAAUAAAUUACAAGUAGGGUGAGAGAGUACAGAUUACUUGCACCAGAUUACGGCAUAAAAGAUUAUGAUAUUUCAAAUAUACAGGACUAUAGCUAAGUUAGUCUCUCAUUUACAUAUACACCUUUUAUAUUAUGAAGCAUCAUGCUAUAAUAUGAAUUUUUGAGUACUCAA